AUGAAAAAUCCACAGCAAAGUAAAAAUAUAGCAGAUGCAUUUUGGAAUGUCAUUCACUUUAAACAGCAUUUUUUGCCCAACAUCAAAAUGAGUAACAUAUUAAAUGUGGAGAGAGAUAUGCAAAGGAAAACAAGACUUGGCCACACUCAGCUACUGCAAGAGACAUUUCCAAAUGAACGAAAAGUAUGUUGCCCAGAUUCUAUUAAUGUGAGUAGUUUAUCUAGCAGUGUGAAAGAUGGGAAACAGCGGGAAGGGGAACACAAAUCUCUACCAGCUUCAAACAAUAGCCAAAGUUUUAUAUUCAAUGCAUAUCAGAAGGAGAAUCGUGAGCUUGUUGAAAUAGAUGAGGAACAGAAACAACCAGGAAGUAUAAAUAUCGAAGUAAAACUACAAAUACUUUUUCCACAAACUAUUUUGGAUUCUGCUUCAUGCCCCAUCGUUGAUCAAUUUCAAUUUGGAAAGCCAGAGAGGUAUGCUAGGUUUCCCCCUCCAAAGUCAGGGGAGGCAAAGACUGAUGAAAUAUUUUCUGCAAGGGAAUGUGUUGUCCCAUUUGAUGCAAACCAUCAAAAGGAACAGACUGGCAGUAUUGAAAAGAAAGAGACAGUGACUUUCGGUGUCUGCACAUCUGCCUUUUCUACAUCCAAAAGGAAGAGAAAUGUCAGACAAUAUUCAGACUUGAAAACUUUAGUGAAACCCAAGUGUGGAAUUUUCAAAGCAAAGAAGCCAUCGAUUUCAUACAAACUUAAUAUCAAGAGUGGUGCUAGCACAAAACAUAGAAAAAAAUUGGGAUGUAACUUGACAACCAACAUGAAAGAGGUGGAUCAAGAUAAAAAAAUGGCAGAUAAAAUAUAUUCCUUCAUGACUAUUACACCUGACAUUAAUAUGUAUAGCAAGAUAGAAAAAGGUAUGUUAGGAGACAAAAGACUCAGUUCUAAACAAGUAAAGCAAGCGAUACCACUACAAAAAGGGAACGUUGCUUCAGAUGACACCAAAGAAACCAAUCUUCAAGGUGAAGAGGAAGAAGAAAGGCAACGGGAGGUGUUAUUAAAAGUUCUACAGCACAGCAAGUGUUUCAUAUUCUGUUCAGGCAAGAGGGAGGAGCUCCAACUUCACCAAUCAGAAAAUGAAGGAAGUGGAAAAAUUCUGUUUGUUACAGAACGAGACGUCCCACAACAGACACAGCCUAUAGAUCCAAUGCAGGUAGAGGAGCCAAAGAAAACCCACCAGACACAAAAUGGCACAAUAUAUAGAGCAAAUUCAAAGCUUCAUUUUCUAAAGCCAAAGGAAUCACUAAGAGGUCAAGUUUUAAUUGAUAAAAUGGAAUGUGGUAUCCCAAGUAAUGGGAGCCAUAUAGGGGAACUGCAUAAUCAUGGUAAAAAGGAAAAGCCAGAGUUUAAUAAAAAUCAACAAGUCCUGGAGUCACUUGAUGUCUCCACACAUAAUCUAUCUGAAUCUAAAAGGCAGAAAAGGACAUUUACAUGUGCAGCCUUAAAAAGUAAAACGAAUUCCAAAUGUGUAAUUAUGAAGGCAAGGAAGACACCAAUUUCACAGAUAUAUAAUGUCCCAGGGAAUGGCAAGAGAAAUAAAAUGAAUCCCAAAUGUAUAACUUUGAAGGCAAAGAAUGCACCAAUUUCCAAGACACUUAAUAUCACAAAACAUGGUACAUCAAGCCACAGAAGGCAAUUUGAAUGCAACUUCAAAGUCAUGAUGGAAAAAUGUAUACCUGUGGCAGAUAUAAUUAUAAAUGCCAUUUCCUCUGCCAUACCUAUUUCACUUGACAUGAAUGUGAAUAACAGAAUAAAAGUAGAGAUGGACGAGCCACAGAAAAUGAGAGUCAAUCAUGAGCUACAACAAGAAGAGCAACCACCAGAUGAAGAGAGAGCCUGGUGUGCCAAUUCCAGUGAUAAGAGGGGCAGUGCCACACUUAGUAUGAAGAAAGUCAAAGACCAAGGCAGAGAAGCAGUCCCUUGGAAUACACAACACUUCAGUUUUAAUGCUCAUAAAAUGAAGGAGCCUCACAUUGUUUACUCAGAUCAAGAACAAAAGAAUUCAGCAAAGGAAAAAAUCCCAGAAUCAUUUACUACCACUCAGGAGCUGCAGCAACAAGCACAUUUCACACAACAUAUAUUGCAUUCUAUUUCUCACUCUAUUUUGAAUUUACGUCCACGUCUCAUAAGUGUAGACAUGAAGGCAAAGAAGCCUCUGUGUUCAGAGAUACUCACUGCAAAUGAGCAUGGUAAUCUAGACUGUAGAAAAGAACAACAAUGCCACCUAAGAACUAUAAUAAAAGACAAGCAACAACAUAAAAGUAUAGCUAAUCCAUUUUCAUCUCCCACACCUUUUUCAACUGAUAACAAAAUAGGUACUGAAAAGUAUAGCACACUAAUAGCAGAGACGGACCAACAAAGAGUACAAUUACACAACCCUACCUAUUUUAAGCUAGAGAAAUCACCAUGUUACAGGGAAACACAGAAGGCCAUUACCACUGAUACACAAAACAGAUCAAGCUACACAACAAAAAUGAAUGUGCAAGAGAACAAGAAGGAGGUUGGAGCGGGGACGAUAAACCUCACGUUCCCCAAACAUCAAGAAAAGAAGAUACAAUGGAGUAAAGAUGAACCAGGUGUGCUUCUGACCCAAGCUUCUGAUUCAUUACCAUCGCUCCGUCUCCUCAAAUUGGACAAAGAAAUGCAGAGAAUAUCAAAUGCCAGCAAGUUACAGCUCCCUGAGUCCUCAGGUGCAGGGAACAUCAAAUAUGCAGAUUCCUAUGAAGGUACUAGCUCAUGUACUACAGUAAUAAAAGCUAGUGAACAUAUGCCAUAUAAGGACACAAGAAACAGAGUAAAAAUAGAAGAAGGGAAAGGUAGAAUACUCCCCCAAAGUAUUACUCUGAGAGUGGAAAGAUCCCCACUUACACAUCUACUCAGUAGAAAGACAUUAUAUUUGAAUAUUAAAGAGCGAGUGAAAGAUGUGCAGAAAGACAAAGGUAAGCCAGAAAUGGUUCUGAGGAAAACCUGUGCUUCCUUACCUUCUCCAUCUCACCUGAAACUGAAAACUAGAAUGAAUGAAAAGGAAGUCACACUAGGAACAAAACAAUCCUGUUUUCCACAGUUAAAUAUUCAGAAUUCAUCCAAUUCAGGCAAAAAACCAUAUACUAAUUCAUUUGAAGGCUUUAUGUUAACGGAGGAGGGUAGACUCAAAAUGGAUGUUGAAGACAAAAUGCUCCCAAUAUACAUGAAUCUGAAGGCAAAGCAAUUGCCACUGUGUACUUAUUCCUGCAAAAAUUGGAGUACCUCUAAGAGCUCAUUAGAAUCAAGAUGGCAAAAUGAAAAAAAUAUAGAGGACAAUGAAAUUUUAUUCAAAGCAGGUCUAUUCAGGAAGGGACCGAGAAAAGAUCAAAAUAUGCUUAUUGCAGCACAAGAAGCACAGCGACAAACACUGGUUUCAGAAAAUAUAUCAGAGUCAGUUUGUUCUCACCUGGUGAUUCCACUUCAAACUGAAGAGCUACUGAAGAAUAUCCCACCACAAAAACACCUGCCACAUAGGAUGAGUGAAAAGACCUCAUGCCCAAGAGCAAGGAAAGCAAUGUCUGAUGAUCUCUUAAUUAAUGAAACAAACGCUAGAAGGAACUUGGGUGGUCAUAUUGCCAAGGAAUGUGAAGAUCUGAAAAGAGAUUUACUAACAAGGUCAAUGAUAUCCAUUAUAUCUGAGUCUAAAAGCAAGAAUGAGGUAUUCAGACUUCCAGAAAGAAAAAAUCUUACAAGUCUCAUAAGUGUAGACAUGAAGGCAAAGAAGCUUCUUUGUUCAGGGAUGCUCACUGCCACUGAGCGUGGUAAUCUAGACUGUAGAAAGGAAGAAGAAUGCCACUUAAGAACGACAAUAAAAGGCAAGCAACAACAUGAAAAUAUAGCUAAUCCAUUUUCAUCUCCCACACCUUUUUCAACUGAUAACAAAACAGAUAUUAAAAUGUAUUGCACACUAAAAGCAGAGACGGACCAACAAAGAGUACAAUUACACAACCCUACCUAUUUUAAGCUAGAGAAAUCACCAUGUUACAGGGAAACACAGAAGGCCAUUACCACUGAUACACAAAACAGAUCAAGCUACACAACAAAAAUGAAUGUGCAAGAGAACAAGAAGGAGGUUGGAGCGGGGACGAUAAACCUCACGUUCCCCAAACAUCAAGAAAAGAAGAUACAAUGGAGUAAAGAUGAACCAGGUGUGCUUCUGACCCAAGCUUCUGAUUCAUUACCAUCUCUCCGUCUCCUCAAAUUGGACAAAGAAAUGCAGAGAAUAUCAAAUGCCAGCAAGGUACAUACUGAGCCAGCUGGUGGUGAUAUGAAAAAUGAUGAAAACAAGAAACAACAUAUUCCACAGAAGAAAGAGAGGGGCAGAGAAACAACGGUAGCUAUGAGAGGUCUGACACAUACUACAGAUAUAAGUGUGAUGUCAAAGAAAUCACCUCCUUCAAAUACACUCCAUAGAACAGAAUUGCAUGUGAACAUUGGAAGUCAAGGACAGAGGAUGCAUGAAGGUCAAGAAAAACCACCUGGUACAGUGCUAAGAAGGGUUUAUAUUUGCAAAUCUCCAACUAACCUUAAAUUGGAUAAAGGCACACAAAAAGAAAAGGACAGAGAACAACACAGAACCAAAGUUGACAAGGAAAUGACAGGAUUCUCUCCUUCACAGUUACAGCUCCCUGAGUCCUCAGGUGCAGGGAACAUCAAAUAUGCAGAUUCCUAUGAAGGUACUAGCUCAUGUACUACAGUAAUAAAAGCUAGUGAACAUAUGCCAUAUAAGGACACAAGAAACAGAGUAAAAAUGGAAGAAGGGAAAGGUAUUAUACUCCCCCAAAGUAUUACUUUGAGGGUGGAAAGAUCCCCACUUGCACAUCUACUUAGUGGGAAGACACUAUCUUUGAAUAUUAAAGAGGGAAUGAAAGAUGUGCAGAAAGACAAAGGUAAGCCAGAAAUGGUUCUGAGGAAAACCUGUGCUUCCUUACCUUCUCCAUCUCACCUGAAAUGGGAAACUGGGGUUAAUGAAAAGGAAGUCACACUAAGAACAACACAAUCCUGUAUUUUACCCUUAAGGAUUCAGGAUUCAUCCAUUUCAGGCAAAAAAGCAUAUACUAAUUCAUCUGAAGGUUAUAUGUUAAAGGGGGAGAAUGGACUCAAAAUAGAUAUUGAAGACAAAAUGCUCCCAAUAUACAUGGAUCUGAAGGCAAAGAAAUUACCACUUCCACAUACACUCAAUAGCAAAGAAUUACAGUGUAAAAUUAAAGAGCAAAAGAGAAAGGUACAGGAAGAUAACAAUAAACUAGUUACAAAGAUCAAAAACAUUUGUACUUCUUUGCUUACUAUGUCAGAUCUUAAACUUGAUACAACGGAAGGAGAGGGGUACUUGAUAACAAUUAUAAAAGAGCCUGUUCCACAACUACAGUCCACGGAAUCAUCAGAUGCAGUGGACAUAGCACAUGGUGAAUCCAUUGAUGGAGAACUUUCCAAUGAUGUAAAAGAAUUAAAAGAACGCAUGCUACAGAAAGAAGAAAAGAGUAGAGAGAAAAACAUGGAUUUGAAAAGUAUAGUGGAGCCCAAUGAUAUGUAUUUGAAUACAAAUAAACCACCUAUUUUACUUAUAUACAAUCUAAGUGACCUUCAGAGGAAAACUAAAGAGCAAGAGGGAAAGAAGGUUCAGAAAGUUACCUGUGACCCAGCUGGUGUCAUGCUGACUAAGACUUGUACUUUUAGCUCUUCCCCGCUACAACUUAACAUGAAUAUCAGAAUCAAGGAAAAAAGCAUGCCGACACUGACAAGAUCCCCUUUAAAUUUCCAGGAAUCAUCAGAUUCUGAGAAAGUCAUAUAUGUAGAGCCAAUUAUUCCUGAUAUUUUAAUCAGACUGCAAGAAGGAAAGCAACAUAUGCCGCAGAACAAGGAAGAGGUGGGGGUGGAGAUGGCCAAUCAAAUGUUUCCCAUACAUCAAGAAAAGAAGAUGCAGGAAAGGAAAGAUGAAAGGAAAAUAAUAAAAAUGCAAGAACGUAAGGAGUAUGACUUUAACAAACCAAAGAAAAUAGCUUUGCGGAAUGAAGUCGACUCAGGAACACAUGUCAGAAGUCUUUCUAUUUCUGUAAUGGAUCUAUCGCAGGCUGGAGAAAUGGUAGAAUCUGACAUCAACCUAAAAAAAGAAAAGAAAAUCUGUUUUCCUAAAUUCCAGAAGAAAUCACCAAAUGCUGGUGAAAUUGUGAAGAGGAAUAACUCAAGCACUGUAAAAAGAGGGGACCAGAAUUUGACAAACACACUUCCGGAAGAUUCCAGGCCCAUCACGGAGGAUCAUCAACAAAUGCAACAGCUUUCUAAUGUCAAAUCAGAGGAACACCUCUACAGUGAAAUAAAUAAAAUAAAUUUAACUCCACAAGCAGAAGAAAGGGUUGUUCCAGGGCAUGAUAUCCCAAGGAUCAUAAAAGAACCUGACUUGCUUAUUAUUGAGCAGAAAGAAAAGGCACCAAAACUCAUUCUGACACCCACAGAGUAUCCAAGCACAUCUAGAGACCCAAAGGAAAAUAGUGCCUCCCCACCUGGGCAUAGGGAUCAGAGUGACCCCAUACAGGACACAACCACACGUAAGGUCCAGCAACAAAAUCCUUUUUCAGAAACUGUACCCAUACCACUCCAAGUUGAAAGUAAUGAAAUACAAAUAGUGGCAGAUAGUACAAGUAAAGAAAGUUUACUUCCUCUUUAUGAUACAAUUAAAAAUGUCUUUGAAUCCCAGAUAAAAAAUAUGAUCCAAGACAAAGUACAUGCUGAUAAACUGGAAAAAGUAAAAGCUCAUCAUCCUGAUGAUAGGAAGUCACUACCUUUUGCAGAGGUUCCAGAGGUAACAUCCACAACAAUACAUCCUAAAUUUCAGCCAAAACCCAUUUUAAAGUCAAAAGCACUCGAAAUAAAACUGAAUCUGAUACCCAAGAUGGAAAAACAACCCUUCAAAAAGUUCGACUUUUAUUCAAAACAGACUAUUUCAAAAGAUAACAGUCACAGGUUCUAUCCAAGACAUAAAAAAAUGAGAUUUUUGUCUCUAGAAGGGAUUGAUACUAUCAAACUUAACUUAAAACAAAAAUACCAAAAAGAUUCACCUCAGAUCAGCUGUACGAAGACACUGAUAGUUAAUGUUUCAGGUGGCAGCGAAGAGAUCAUCACACAGCUGAAGAGUGCUAGUAAGCUAGAAAGUGGACCAUCCUCCGUGACUUCAGCUAAUAAAAUGCCACCGUUUCAGAUUCUCCAAAACUACUCAGUGGAAGAAAAAGACAGACUUCUCACACACUUUUCUAUGAAAACACUGGAGAUCCAAAUGAAAGCCUUUCCCAGAAUUGUAAGAGAAUCUUACGUGACGGCUGAUACUCAGGAUAGAAGGAAACUUUUAUCUAAAUGUAUUCAUUCUAGUGUCAAAGUGCCAAAACAAGAAAACACAAUUUCGUUAGGUUUUGAGGAAAAAUCUCUUCAUCAAAUCGAACUAGAUUUACAAAAAAAAUACCUUAGUUUUCUCCUGGGGCUUCCGGUUGAAAGUAUGUUUCCUGAGCCAAAUAUACUUCCCAAACAUAUUUUUAAGUUAAACACUGCAGUGUGUAAAAAAGUAGAUAAUAGUGGAGAAAGUGAUUGUCUUUCCAUUCAUACAGACCUGUUAGAACAACAUACCUCUUUCAAAGAGCAAAGUCCCCAUGAAAACCCCUCAUCAAUUAGGAGACUCCUGGAGCCCACCCUCGUGUGUGCCUCUGACCCUGAACAACAUGGAACAGCGCAGAACGACACUACGGUUCUUUCUGUGUCAAAACCUCACGUGACUCUAGAAACAAACAAACCUCACGUAUGGUUUCAAGAAACAGGUCUACAUGCAUCUCUUGACUUAAAGAUUCAGGAAAAUGCUCCUAACUUAGUUAAUUGCCAUUCAAUUCAGAUUUCUCAAGAUUUUACUGACGAUCAGAUAGAUAAUAAGAGUGCCGCUAACUUGGAGAAAUGCUCAGCUCUCGAAGACCCUGAGAGUGAAGAAAGCAUGUUUUUAGAAGCCAACCCUUAUUUAAGUCGGGAAUCAGAAAACAUUCUGUUUGAAUUACAGAAAGGCUUUCCUUUGGAAAAUCUUUACAAGAUGAAACAAAUCAAAACGGGUUUGAACCCACUUUCCACUGACAAUUCAGGUUUUCAUUAUAUUAGAGGCCGUAGAAAAUCUUCCUCAGUUGUGAUACUGCCUUCCUACGCAUCCCACAACAGCAGAAAAUAUAGGUCAUCCUCCAAAGUGCAGUCUCCUGACUGGCUGUGUCACAGUUCACUAAAUACUGAGGAGGUUCCAUUUGCAUCAUCUAUCAAAUUCAGUGAAGAGAAGCUUUCGUGGCCUACAAAAAACAGAGCAAGAUACUCUUUAGCUCCCUUGACAGAAUCAAAUGUUAAAUUACAUCUUGCAAAAAGCCAAGACAAACCUCACAGACAUCCAGAAGGAAAGAAGGCAAAGUUUGAUUUAUUUAGAAACAACAUUCACGGGGACUGCUAUCCCAGUUAUACACAGAGUAAAGCGAAACACAAAAGAGAGAAGAAAGUGUGUGAUUACGAGUCAGUAAUAGCAGAUUAUUUUCUGAGCAUGUAUAAGCCAGCUUCAAAACUUCAAGGUGAUAUCAACUUGCGUUAUGAAAGAAAACAAAACCAACCAUUUUUUUAUGCCUGUGUGCCGGCAGACACACUGGAGAUUAUACCCCAAACCAUUCGCUGGACCAUUCCCCAAAAAACUUUAAGGAAGAGAAAGUUCAGAAUUCCCUUAGUGGCAAAGAUUUCAAGUUCUUUCCAUAUGUGGAGGUUGUCCAGAAAGUUGGGGGAUCACCCUUAG